AUGAUCGGUGUCUCCGGGCUCCGAAGAGGAGCGAAGCUGUCUAUUCAUUUCCCACCGUGUGGCAUUGAAAUCAAAACAACCAGCCCCAUGACCACAGAUUGGGUGUGAACGAGGGCGCAACAUCAGGACAGAAUGUCUCUCCUGCUCAUUGUUUUAAUAGCACUUCUUCUGCUCCUGAUACUAUCUGUCCUACUCUUCAGGUAAGAAGACAUGCCUUAACAUGGGGAAAGAACACUUAUACAUAAAAUUCCUGUCCAAUAUAGCUUCAUUCUGUUGCCAAAGCAACUCUUGCUAAUUCAUCAAAUACUGCAGCAGUGCCCUUUUCUGAACGUAUCUAUGCAUACCUUUAAUUUGGAAUACCUGAUUCUUUCUACCUCUGAAAAUCACUAUUCAUGUGACUUGAGAAAUGUAGAGAACCCACUAAAUGAUCUAAUGGAAAUGACUUGGGCUAUCAGUCAACUGAACUGCUGAAGCUUUGCUGCAAGAGUUGGCUAAAACAAUGGCCUGUCUUUGUGCACUAACACACAGUGCCAGCUUGUCCUUUGAUGGAACUCAAUAUGACAGGCAAUCAAAUGCACACAGCUCUGUUGAUGGAGAAGUGAGAGAAAAGAUUAGUCAUCGCUUAUAGGUGGCACACUAAUGAUGGGAGCAUCCCAAAAUGACACUAUUCCCUAUGUGGUGCACUCCUUUUGACCAGGGCCCAUAUCAAAAGUGUGCUAUAUAGGAAAUAGGGUGCCAUUUGAUGGUAUGUUCUCUCUGCUUGUUUUCAGAUGGUUCAUAUGCAGCCUGGCGGUACAGUUCUUCCACAACACACUGAACGCUGAGCUGAAGAUCAAAUCAGUGGGGCUCUUUUCAGUGCGUGGAAUUAGUAUCCAGUUUCAGCCCCAGCACACACUGGUAGGUGACACCUCUGAGAAGCUUUGUUCACAUGACAUUUACGCAGUGCGUGUGGCUUAUGAAAUUAUAUUUAGGGAUGUGCAUAUUUCCGAUACAUGGGCUCCAAUACGAUACAGGAACUAUACGUUUUAGUUUGAAAUGAUUCGGUUUGAUGCGUUACGAUUCGACAUACUAACAUUUGUUGCAUAAACACAUACAUUUUCCAUUCUAAAUUAAAAUCUGCUGCUGAUGGAGCUCAUGAGCUGGAUCUGUCUGAGCUGGAUCUGUCUGAGCUGGAUCUGUCUGAGCUGGGCCUCUCUGAGCUGGGCCUCUCUGAGCUGGGCCUCUCUGAGCUGGGCCUCUCUGAGCUGGGCCUCUCUGAGCUGUGCCUCUCUGAGCUGGAUCUGUCUGAGCUGACGCGUGUGUGUGUGUACUAUGUAGGCACCCGAGCUGAGCCAUAAGGGAGACUAGGCUUCUACCACACCACUAUCAGAUUAGGGGGGGCAAUGUAGCCUAUGAUAAAAAAUAAAUGGAAUGGAGCUAAGCACAGACAAAAUCCUAGAGGAAAACCUGGUUCAGUCUGCUUUCCACCAGACACUGGGAGAUGCAUUCACCUUUCAGCAAGACAAUAACCUAAAACACAAGGCCAAAUCUACACAGGAGUUGCUUACCAGGAGCACAGUGAAUGUUCCUGAGUGGCCGAGUUACAGUUUUGACUUAAAUCUACUUGAAAAUCUAUGGCAAAACCUGAAAAUGAUUGUCUAGCAAUGAUCAACAAUCAAUUUGACAGAGCUUGAAGAAUUUUGAAAAAAAUAAUGGGCAAAUGUUGCACAAUCCAGAUGUGGAAAGCUCUUAGACUUACCCAGAAAGACUCACAGCUGUAAUCGCUGUCAAAGGUGCUUCUACAAAGUAUUGACUCAGGGGUGUGAAUACUAAAGUAACUGAGAUAAUAAUGCAUUACAUUUUCAAUAAAAUUGCUAAACUGUCUAAAAACAUGUUUUCACUUUGUCAUUAUGGGGUAUUGUGUGUAGAUGGGUGAGAGAAAAAAAAAUAUUUAAUCCAUUUCGAAUUCAGGCUGUAACACAACAAAAUGUGGAAUAAGUCAAGCGGUUUCUGAAGGCACUGUAUGGCACAAUUUUGGAUUUCACCUACAUCUCAAAAUCAAAUGGUUUUGACCGUUUACGGAGUGAUCUUCUCUUCUCCUCUCGCUUUGGCCAUGCAGUGCACCUCGCAAAAGUGAUUGCUGUCAUUGUUAUGAAAUUAUCAACUUUACCCUGUAUAUCUAAAAAUGACCAUAUACACUGAUUGUUUAAAGGAAAACUAUUGCUGAUGGUGAACCUGCACAAUCAAAAUAGAAUGUAUUGUAAGCCCCAUUCAGCAGCAAAUGGAGGGAGGACAAUUCUUUUUUUAUGAGCAUGGCCUUAUUGCUAUUACAGCAUAUUGGAUGACUCAUUCAUAUUCCAUUCACCCAGCUCAAUGUAACAUCAAUAAGUUUAGGCUACUACAUGAUACUAGAAUUUUCCCUAUACCCAUCAUGCGGUUGCUGCAACCUAGCAAAUAAAUUAAAGUUUACAACAUACAGUGAGGGGAAAAAAGUAUUUGAUCCCUUGCUGAUUUUGUACGUUUGCCCACUGACAAAGAAAUUAUCAGUCUAUAAUUUUAAUGGUAGGUUUAUUUGAACAGUGAAAGACAGAAUAACAACAAAAAAAUCCAGAAAAACGCAUGUAAAAUUUUUUAUGAAUUGAUUUGCAUUUUAAUGUGGGAAAUAAGUAUUUGACACCCUCUCAAUCAGAAAUAUUUCUGGCUCCCAGGUGUCUUUUAUACAGGUAACGAGCUGAGAUUAGGAGCACACUCUUAAAGGGAGUGCUCCUAAUCUCAGCUUGUUACCUGUAUAAAAGACACCUGUCCACAGAAGCAAUCAAUCAAUCAGAUUCCAAACUCUCCACCAUGGCCAAGACCAAAGAGCUCUCCAAGGAUGUCAGGGACAAGAUUGUAGACCUACACAAGGCUGGAAUGGGCUACAAGACCAUCGCCAAGCAGCUUGGUGAGAAGGUAACAACAGUUGGUGCGAUUAUUCGCAAAUGGAAGAAACACAAAAUAACUGUCAAUCUCCCUCGGCCUGGGGCUCCAUGCAAGAUCUCACCUCGUGGAGUUGCAAUGAUUAUGAGAACGGUGAGGAAUCAGCCCAGAACUACACGGGAGGAUCUUGUCAAUGAUCUCAAGGCAGCUGGGACCAUAGUCACCAAGAAAACAAUUGGUAACACACUACGCCGUGAAGGACUGAAAUCCUGCAGCGCCAGCAAGGUCCCCCUGCUCAAGAAAGCACAUACACAGGGCCGUCAAGUCUUUGAGUAGGCUAAACUAGCUAGCUGCAUUCGCUAGCUAAGUAAGUUAAAGUGAGAAACAACAAAUACAAUGAAAUAUAGCUAGCUAGCUUUCUCUCACUCUCGCUUCUCCUUCAUUUUUGAAUAAAUUAAUUUAUUCAACUAUUGUCUUUCUCUCUUUGAUUCAACUACUCACCAUAUUUUAUGCACUGCAGUGCUAGCUAGCUGUAGCUUAUGCGUUCAGUACUAGAUUAAUUCUCUGAUCCUUUAAUUGGGUGGACAACAUUUUAGUUCAUGUUGCAAGAGCUGUGACGACAUCACAGCACCAAUUUGCCUUGCACAGAUGCGAUCCCAGACGUAGCGUUUCCGCCUCCUCUCACGCCGCACACCCCCUUCCCUUGUGCUGCUCUGCCUGUGACUUCUGUAAAAGGCGCUACAUGGUCAAUCCGUCGUUUGCAUUGGCCGUGCAACAUUUACGGUGAUAUGGCCUCUGCAGAGUUCAGGGCAUUCAUACUGCUUGCGCAUUGCAGAGCAGCGCAGAGCUGUUGUGAAGGAAAUUGUCAAGGAAGUGAGCUUGUGUUUAUACAGGACCUCCCACCCUCACCUACCGUCAACCAAUCAUGGUAAUGCGGAGCUUUACGGAGCCCUCCGCAUUGUAAAAAAAUUAGAGAGACGAACGGUGAUGUGGUACGGAGCUCAAUUUGGCCUCUGCAUGCCUCCAGAGGCUCCGCAAUUGCAUCACACCAUCCAUACAGCGCCUUGACCACAUUUUACGGAUCAACCAUAAGUUGGCUUUUACACAGACAGCUUCUCACACUCGUUUGAGGCAGAAGUUAGUGGGAAAAGUCGCUAAAUGCUAUCAAAACCAAAGGCAGCCUGAAAAGUAGCUGAAUUUGUUGCUAUCCUCUUUUACCAAUAAAGGCCGCUCGAGAGGGUCUGAAAACUCGCUAAAUAUAGCGACAAAGUUGCUAAAUUGGCAAAAAGAACAAGCCAAGAGGUCGAAGGAAUUGUCCGUAGAGCUCCGAGACAGGAUUGUGUCGAGGCACAGAUCUGGGGAAGGGUACCAAAAAAUGUCUGCUGCAUUGAAGGUCCCCAAAAACACAGUGGCCUCCAUCAUUCUUAAAUGAAAGAAGUUUGGAACCACCAAGACUCUUCCUAGAGCUAGCCACCUGGCCAAACUGAGCAAUCGGGGGAGAAGGGCCUUGGUCAGGGAGGUGACCAAGAACCCGAUGGUCACUCUGACAGAGCUCCAGAGUUCCUCAGUGGAGAUGGGAGAAAGUUCCAAAAGGACAACCAACUCUGCAGCACUCCACCAAUCAGGCCUUUAUGGUAGAGUGGCCAGACGGAAGCCACUCUUCAGUAAAAGGCACAUGACAGCCCACUUGGAUUUUGCCAAAAGUCACCUAAAGGACUCUCAGACCAAGAUUGAACUCAUGUCUGGAGGAAACCAAGCACUGCUGAUCACCUGGCCAAUACCAUCCCUACGGUGAAGCAUGGUGGUGGCAGCAUCAUGCUGUGGGGAUGUUUUUCAGAGGUAGGGACUGGGAGACUAGUCAGGAUUGAGGGAAAGAUGAACGGAGCAAAGUACAGAGAGAUCCUUGAUGAAAACCUGCUCCAGAGCACUUAGGACCUCAGACUUAGGCAAAGGUUCACCUUCCAACAGGACAACGACCCUAAGCACACAGCCAAGACAACCAGGAGUGGCUUCGGGACAAGUCUCUGAAUGUCCUUGAGUGGCCCAGCCAGAGUCCGGACUUGAACCUUAUCGAACAUCUCUGGAGAGACCUGAAAAUGGCUGUGCAGCGUCGCUCCCCAUCCAACCUGACAGAGCUUGAGAGGAUCUGCUGAGAAGAAUGGGAGAAACCCCCCAAAUACAGGUGUACCAAGCUUGUAGCGUCAUACCCAAGAAGACUCUAGGCUGUAAUUGCUGCCAAAGGUGCUUCAACAAAGUACUGAGUGAAGGGUCUGAAUACUUACAGUUGAAGUCGGAGUUUACAGACAACUUAGCCAAAUACAUUUAAACUCAGUUUUUCACAAUUCCUGACAUCUAAUCCUAGUAAAAAGUCCCUGUCUUAGGUCAGUUAGGAUCACCACUUUAUUUUAAGAAUGUUAAAUGUCAGAAUAAUAGUAGAGAGAAUGAUUUAUUUAUUUCAGCUUUUAUUUCUUUCAUCACAUUCCCAGUGGGUCAGAAAUUUACAUACACUCAAUUAGUAUUUGGUAGCAUUGCCUUUAAAUUGUUUAACUUGGGUCAAAUGUUUCGGGUAGCCUUCCACAAGCUUCCCACAAUAAGUUGGGUAAAUUUUGGCCCAUUCCUCCUGACAGAGCUGGUGUAACUGAGUCAGGUUUGUAGGCCUCCUUGCUCGCACACGCCUUUUCAGUUCUGCCCACACAUUUUCUAUAGGAUUGAGGUCAGGGCUUUGUGAUGGCCACUCCAAUAUCUUGACUUUGUGGUCCUUAAGCCAUUUUGCCACAACUUUGGAAGUAUGCUUGGGGUCAUUGUCCAUUUGGAAGACCCAUUUGUGACCAAGCUUUAACUUCCUGACUGAUGUCUUGAGAUGUUGCUUCAAUAUAUCCACAUCAUUUUCCUUCCUCAUGAUGCCAUCUAUUUUGUGAAGUGCACCAGUCCCUCCUGCAGCAAAGCACCCCCACAGCAUGAUGCUGCCACCCCGUGCUUCACGGUUGGGAUUACAUUUACAUUUUAGUCAUUUAGCAGACGCUCUUAUCCAGAGCGAUGGUGUUCUUCGCCUGACAAGCCACCCCCUUUUUCCUUGAACAUAACGAUGGUCAUUAUGGCCAUACAGUUCUAUUUUUGUUUCAUCAGACCAGAGGACAUUUCUCCAAAAAGUACGAUCUUUGUCCCCAUGUGCAGUUGCAAACCGUAGUCUGGCUUUUUUAUGGCGGUUUUGGAGCAGUGGCUUCUUCCUUGCUGAGCGGCCUUUCAGGUUAUGUCGAUAUAGGACUCGUUUUACUGUGGAUAUAGAUACUUUUGUACCUGUUUCCUCCAGCAUCUUCACAAGGUCCUUUGCUGUUGUUCUGGGAUUGAUUUGCACUUUUCGCACCAAAGUACGUUCAUCUGUAGGAGACAGAACGCGUCUCCUUCCUGAGCGGUAUGACGGCUGUGUGGUCCCAUGGUGUUUAUACUUGCGUACUAUUGUUUGUACAGAUGAACGUGGUACCUUCAGGCGUUUGGAAAUUGCUUCCAAGGAUGAACCAUACUUGUGGAGGUCUACAAUUCUUUUUCUGAGGUCUUGGCUGAUUUCUGGAUUUUCCCAUGAUGUCAAGCAAAGAGUUUGAAGGUAGGCCUUGAAAUACAUCCACAGAUACACCUCCAAUUGACUCAAAUUAUGUCAAUUAGCCUAUCAGAAGCUUCUAAAGCCAUGACAUCAUUUUCUGGAAUUUUCCAAGCUGUUUGAAGGCACAGUCAACUUAGUGUAUGUAAACUUCUGACGCACUGGAAUUGUGAUACAGUGAAAUAAUCUGUCUGUAAACAAUUGUUGGAAAAAUGACUUGUGUUAUGCACAAAGUAGAUGUCCUAAUCGACUUGCCAAAACUAUAGUUUGUUAACAAGAAAUUUGUGGAGUGGUUGAAAAAUUAGUUUUAAUGACUCCAACCUAAGUGUAAACUUCCAACUUCAACUGUAUGUAAAUGUAAUAUUUAAUUUUUUAUAUAUAUAUAUAUAUAUAUAUAUAUAUAUAUAUGCAAACAUUUCUAAAAACCUGUUUUUGGUUUGUCAUUAUGGGGUAUUGCGCGAUUGAGGGGGGGGAAAAAAACAUUUAAUCCAUUUUAGAAUAAGGCUGUAACGUAACAAUGUGGAAAAAGUGAAGGGGUCUGAAUACUUUCUGAAUGCACUGUAUUUUCAAAAGGUAGGAAUAAUGUAAUAUGAGCAAAACGUUUUUGUGAACCGGCAAUUUGUAACGUUUGAAUCGAUUUUCUGACUGAUGCAUGCUAUUGGUUUGGGGUCCGCGCACCGAUGCACUUGCAUCUUAAACAUUUGAAUCGGGGACCGAUGCGUAUUGGUGAAUCGUUACAUCCCUAGAAAUCAUGUUUCUCUGUCUUCAUUGGGAAGGGUAUUUAUUUGUGUAUUGUCUCUAGGUCACACAUUGUAGAUUAAAAAACAACCUUUUUCAGCUCGUGUAAGACUACAAUUCAGUUGUAAACCAGGUGCAUUUCUCCUUGUUUUUAUUGCAGGAAAUAGACAGAAUAUGGAUUUCAAGCAAACUUUUAAACCAGAACCUGCCGUGAGUGUUUUAAAGACAUGUUUAUACAAUCUUAUGCCCUCAUGUCUCAUAACUUAAUUGCAUAUCUCUCAGCCUUCUUAGCCUUUAAAGGAAAGGGCUCGUGAAUCAUUCAACAGUACGAGGUUGUGAACUCUGUUUGUUUCUCAGGAGGUGCCUGGCGUUGUGUGUGGGCAAGACCAGAGUGAGAGUGGACCUGCAGCAGCCUCUGAGACCUCGGGCGCUUAAGAGCUUUGAUGGAGGAGAGUCAGGGAAGGUUCCCCUUAGCCCCGCAGCCCUGCGAUUCCUCUCCCAGGUAGGGACCAACACGCAACUGUUUAUAUAAGAAUGCUACUCACUAAAUGAUUCAUGAAAAACAGUGCUCUCAACCCACUCAGCUGCUGUCUGUCUCUGCUCUCAGCUGCUGUCCUUCCAUAUUGACUCCAUCAACGUGAUGGUGUUAAACCUAGCCCUGUCAGAGUCUCUAUGGCACAUGACCACCUCAAGUAUCGACCUACUGCUCGACCACCAGGGCAAAAGGUAUUACACCUCCACACACUGUAACUUCAUCUAAACAGUUCAGUCAUUUUAGCUUAGCCUGACUAUUUAAAUGUUCAUAACUUUCAUAACAGGUUGGCCUGGGACUUUUCUGUGGGCCAGCUAAGCAGUAAAGUGCUUAAAAGCAGUCGAUUGGUAAGUGGAGUUUCUUCCCAUGUAAACAUAGCAAUCUUUUGAGUGGGUCUCUUUAAAGAAGAGUAACUACACAGAAUGUAUUUCACUGCAUUGUCCCAACUCACUGUGUGCUGUGCUCAGCAGGAUACCUGUCUGGCGGAGGUGUCCCUGAGCCUGGUGCUGUCUGGGGAUGUCAGCCUGCCAGAGGUGCGUCCAGGCCGACUGGCCCUGUGUGUGAGAACACUGCUGGCUGAGAUGCAUGAGGGCCUGUUUCUCAGCCAGCUACUGCUUCCACCAACUCCUCUGGAGAGCACUCUCUCUACAGACGGUGAGAAAGUGCAAUGUGUUGCGUCCCAAUGGCACCAUUUCCCUAUAUAGUGCACUACUUUUAACAAGGAUGGCACCCUAUUCCCUACAUAGUCCACUACUUUAGGGAAAAAUGUGCCAUUUGAGACUCAGACAUGGUGUUAUUGUAUGGCUGCUGUGAGGUGAUUUUGAGAACCAUUCGGAGAUACAUUAUUUACAACCAUUUCUCUCUGUUGUAAUUUUCUUCUAGAUUAUGAAAAGGACGAGUAUGUCCAGACUGAAGCAGUGGAGCAGUUUCAUCAGCUGGUGCCCCAUAAGGUCAAUGUGGAGUUUGAGAAUACUAGUAUAACCCUGUCCAUGCACAGCCAUAAAAGGUGAGUCAUAGUUAGUAUGAAUUAUAUUUUUUGGGUUGGUUUGUCUUUCUGUUAUUCUAUUUUCUUCUUCCUCUGACUGUAUAUCUGAAUCAUCCAGACACUUGAACUGGACCCUAAAGUCUCUGAAGGUGGGAUACGGACGUGAGGACGAGCAGCUGCCCCUCAGGAGCUUCACCCCUGAGAUGAGCUUCCCUCAGAGCAACCUGGAGCUACUUCUGGAGGGUGAGUGGAGAGCUGGGCGCUGGGCACCAGAAAUAUGUUAGUCACAAAUGGCAAUCUAUUCCUUACAUAGUGCACUAUAUAGGGAAUAGGUUGUCAUUUGGGACGUAGACAUAGAGGAGGAGGGGAAGAGAGGGUCUGGGAGGGUGGAAAAUAACCAUUCCUUGUUUUUGUAUCAACAGAUGGGCUUCUCCUCUCCCAGAGCAGACAGAGAAUCCUUUGCCUCAACACCCUCAGGACUGUCUUGCAGGUGAGUGGUGUGCUUCGAUUUUUGAUUGAUAUGGUUACUAGUUUUCAUAGUUGCACUGCAUCAUCAAAGCUCUUUGCAAAUAUGCUUGACGUUUGACCUCUUGUAAGAAAUAUAAUAUUUGUUCUGAAGUCUCUAGCUUAUCUCCAACUCAUGUCCCCAGGCGACAUCAGUGGAUAUUUCAGGGUCAGUCACAGUCAACACCUGCAUCAUCCACUACCGUCACCAGGAGUUCUCCCAUUGGCUAGACCUGUUUCCAUGGGAACAGCUUAUUCAUAGGAAAGCAGCUCAUAGAAAGAGGUAUAAGCAUUUUCAACUGACAAACCAGACUGGAGAAUGCCAAACACACCAGUUGAUUGCUUGAAACGGAUGUAAAGACAAUAUCCAACAACAUACAUUACUAACCUGGCUCUAUAGCAUGGUUUCUUUUGAAAUUGAGCACAACUGAAAUCAACUAACACUCUAAUCCUCUCCUGUCUUCAUCCUCAUGUUUAUGUUGUGUCUGGUGGUGUAUUGUGGUGUGUGGUGGUGUAUUGUGGUGUGAUGUGUAGUCCAGUGGAGUAUUUUCAUACCCUCCCGUCCUACAGGAACUUCCCCCACCUGGACGCCCCAGUGAUGAUCAGCUCCUCUGUGUCCAAUGUCAACGUGUCUGUCCAGCUGGGAGACACUCCUCCCUUCGCCCUGGGCUUCAUCUCAGUCAGCACAGGUACAGCACAACACAAACACACACUCACACAGGGCAUGGUCAACAUAUACUUCCGUUGCAUUAAAGGUUAGUCUUGCCUUGAGAGGAAUGACAUGAAUGCUAAUGGUCAGCAGUGGGUGUUUCUCUUCAGUUCAUUCUGCUUUCAACAUUGCAGUAGUUUCAGGAGAUGAAUCAUGGUGCUUGACUUGCUGUAGCUGUUGAAUCAACCCUUUCCAAACAUAACAUGCCCUGAUAGAUUAGAUAAGUCAUCAUGUGUUCUUGUAAGGCACAGUCAGCUUUUCCCAUUCUUUAACACAUUAAUUACAAUUACUUUAUAUCCUUUUACACCACGGAAUCAUCACACCCCUACACAUAGUGAGUAGAGCUAGCGUUGCAUCCCAAAAUGUUGUAAUGUGAUUUGUGAUAUUCAGUAGAUCUGAAUAUGUCAUGUAUAAUGUAGAGAUGCAGCACCUCCUGGACAUCAGCACAAACGCAGAGAGCCUCAAGUUCCAGAAUGUUCACCGCCGCCUCUCUCUGUCCCUGGACCACUUCUGGUGGAGGGUGGGCCAGGGCUCCCACAUCCAGCAGGCACCCCACCCCCCUGGCAAACACGUGUGGGGGGAAGCCCUCAUCCUGGACUCCCUUACACUGCAGGUAACGCAGGCGUACAACAAGGUAGGCAAUAACUAUUUAGGGUUACUCACUAACUACUACUCCCGAUGGUUUCCCCUGGGUUCCAAUGAUGUGAUGAAGAACACCAAAAUCAGGAUAGACCUAAAACCGGCAGACACUAUGCUCUCCAUGGAAUGAGUUUGACACCCCUGCUCUAAAAUACCCUACUUUUCCUGUAUUGACCUGAUGAUCACAGCCCUGAUUAGUAUUUGACCAAUACUACACCACCCAUUGUUGUUAUCUUGGCUGACUGUCUCCCCAGGGGAGGUUCAACAAGCCCCAGAGUGAGUCCAGUAGCCAUUCUGAGAGUGUGAGUGUGGAGUCCAGUCUGAAGGGCCUACAGCUGGAGGUGUCAGAGACCUGUGCCCUGUGCCUGUCCCGCCUACUGGCUCUCUGUAACCUGGACAACGGCAGGAAGCUGGAGGCCUCGAAGCAGCCAGAUGUGGUGCCUGUACCUGCCCUUGUUGAUGGGACAACCUCCCCCAAUCAGGGCGCCUUUUAUUUUAAGAUUGAGUGUAACCUGGAGGAUGUCAAUGUGUUCACACUCUCCGUUGUAGCAGGUAAGUUAAAUGGGAAGUGCUUUUUAGGCUGCGUCCCAAAUGGCACCCUAUCUCCUAUAUAGUUCACUACUUUUGACCAGAGCCCUAUGGCCCCUGAUCAAAAUUAGUGCACUAUAUAGGGCAGGGGUACUCAACUCUUACCCUACGAGGUCCGGAGCCUGCUGGUUUUCUGUUCUACCAUGAAUUGCACACACCUGGUGUCCUAGUUAUAAAUCAGUCUCUGAUUAGAGGGGAACAAUGAAAAAAUGCAGUGGCACUGGCUUCGAGGUCCAGAGCUGAGUUUCGGGGAUAUAUGAAAUAGGGUGCCAUUUUGGAUGGACCCUUUAAUAUCCAUCUCUGACUAGGCCUACAUUAUGGAUGGUAAUUGGCUCCUGUGUUGUGCUAGGAGCCAUGUCUUUGCGGGUGGACACAGUGAAGGCCCAAGGCUCGGCGGAAAGCUCCACGGUGUCUGUCCAGGGUGUGUGUCUGUCUGUGGUGAAGGCUCUCACAGAGACCAUUGAGCCCUGCUGUCCCUCAGCCCAAACCCCCAACCCUGUCCUCAGCCUCUCCAUCCUGGCCGUCUGCUACCACGUCACCACCGGGAACGUGGAGGUAGGUUACAGUUACUCAUCCUGCCGUCAGGCCUAUCAGUCCUAUUCCUUCUUCUUGAUUGACAGUGUUAUUCAGAUAAGUUCACGUGCAUUGUCCUCUUCCCUUGUGCAGGUCCAGUGUCAAGAGGAGCUGGCAGUGCAGUGGACACCAUCAGACCACAUGUUUUUGUAUCACCACGCGACAGAGAGCCAGUGUUGCUGGGAUACUCUGUGUGACUCUCUAGGCCUAACAGAGAAAAGAGAUGACGAGAGUUUAGCAGAUCCACCAGAGAGUGGAUCUACUAAGACUUCUCCAGCCCACAGCAGGGUCAAGGACCUGUCUGUGCAUGUAGAACUGGGCAGAACCCGCUUCACAGCCCAGGUGACGGAGCACAACUACCUCCUGCUGCACACAGAUGCGCUGUCCCUCUCCACACACUCCGGCUCCAUGAACGUCCACUCGCCCCACAUGUUUCUCAACUUCGACGGCAACGACAUAUUCUCCUUCAAGGGCCUGGAGGUCCAGACACACCCUGAUCAGGCCCUGGACCAACGCCACCUCUUUCCCUUCCUCUCCACCCGACACAACAGUGCCUGGGUGUUCACCUGCCUCUGCCUGGCCAUGGAGUUCCCCUACCAGUACAACUUCUCCAACACCUUUGACAAGUUCAUCAGCGUUCAGAAGUGGCUCAAGUCCCUGCACAGCAGCCCCAGCCAGACCCCAGCCCUCCAGCAUCUGCCCCCAGAUCUGGUCUUCAAGAUCAGCCAGUUCUCCUUCGUCUUCCUGGACGACGUGUUUGAGAUCAAGCUGAGGGACAACUACGAGCUGAUGAAGGACGAGAGCAAGGAGAGCUCCAAGAGGCUCCAGCUGCUGGACAAGAAGGUGGCUGACCUACGGAAGCAGCACGGAGAACUGCUGCCUGCCAGGAAGAUAGAAGAGCUGUAUACGUCUCUGGAGCGCAAACACAUAGAGAUCUACAUCCAGCGCUCCCGUCGCCUCUACUCCAACACGCCCAUGAGGAAGUCUCUGCUGACCUGGACGGUGUCUGACCUGGAGCUGCUGGCCCUGGCCGACCAGUCCCUCCACGGGCCGGAGCGCGUCCGCGAGCAGCUUAGGGACAUCGACGGAGUCAGCCCCUUCCCCAGAGACGGGCUCCCCCUGGUGGUCCAGUGGUGCCGGGUAGUCAAGUUCAACCUCACUGCCUUCCUGGGUGAGUGAUGGGAUUGCGUCCCAAAUGGCACCCUAUUGCAUUUUAUAGUGCGCUACAUUUGACCAUUGUUCCAUAACUUAAUUAUUUCUAUGAAUAUUGAUAAUAUUAUCUUUAUAUUUAUACUUCAUUAUUUCUCCCCCUGUGCCAGUGAGAAUCCGGGACUAUCCUCGUUACUUGUUUGAGAUCCGGGGCUGGGAGCUGUCAGGCCGUCUGAUCGGGACAGAGCAGGAUGGGCAGGGCCGGGCUCGCCGCAGGCAGACGGUGCCACUAGGCCAGCCAUGGGGAGAUGUAACCGUCCACAGGAACAUGCCACCACUCAAGUUUUACUGCGAUUUCAAAUGUGAGUCAAGUGUUUCAAUGAAGCACAAACCUCAGUGCGAUCCUAAUUUUUUGUGAUCAACAUUUGUAUUUAUUUUCAACAAUGUGCAAUAGACACAUACCGGUCAAUCACAUACAGUGCAUUCGGAAAGUAUUCACACCCCUUCACUUUUUCCACAUUUUGUUACGUUACAGCCUUAUUCUAAAAUGGAUUAAAUAAAACAUUUUCCUCAACAAUCUACACACAAUACCCCAUAAUGACAAAGCGAAAACAGGUUUUUAGAAAUUUUUGCAAAUGUAUUAAAAAUACUAAACUGAAAUUACCUUAUUUACAAGUAUUCAGACCCUUUGCUAUGAGACUUGAAAUUGAGCUCAGGUGCAUCCUGUUUCCAUUGAUCAUCCUUGAGAUGUUUCUACAACUUGAUUGGAGUCCACCUGUGGUCAAUUCAAUUAAUUGGACAUGAUUUGGAAAGGCACACACCUGUCUAUAUAAGGUCCCACAGUUGACAGUGCAUGUCAGAGCAAAAACCAAGCCAUGAGGUUGAACAAGAUUAAAACAAGAUUCUGGUCUGAUGAAACCAAGAUUGAACUCUUUGGCCUGAAUGUCAAGCGUCACGUCUGGAGGAAACCAGGCACCACUCAUCACCUGGCCAAUACCAUCCCUACGGUGAAGCAUGGUGUGGGGAUGUUUUUCAGUGGCAGGGACUGGGAGACUAGUCAGGAUCUAGGCAAAGAUGAACGGAGCAAAGUACAGAGAGAUCCUUGAUGAAAACCUGCUCCAGAGCACCCAGGACCUCAGACAUGGGCAACGGUUCACCUUCCAACAGGACAACGACCCUAAGCACACAGCCAAGAUAACUCAGGAGUGGAUUCGGGACAAGUCUCUGAUUGUCCUUGAGUGGCCCAGCCAGAGCCCGGACUUGAACCCGAUCUAACAUCUCUGGAGAGACCUGAAAAUAGCUGUGCAGCAACUCUCCCCAUCCAACCUGACAGAGCUUGAGAGGAUCUGCAGAGAAGAAUGAGAGAAACUCCCCAAAUACAGGUGUACCAAGCUUGUAGCGUCAUACCCAAGAAGACUCAAGGCUGUAAUCUCUGCCAAAGGUGCUUCAACAAAGUACUGAGUAAAGUUUUUUUUUUUUCUUCUAAAACCCUUUUUUUGCUUUGUCAUUAUGGGGUAUUGUGUGUAGAUUGAUGAGGGGGAGAAUUAUUAUUUUUUAAAUCCAUUUUAGAAUAAGGCUGUAACAUAACAAAAUGUGGAAAAAGUCAAGGGGUCUGAAUACUUUCUGAAUGCACUAACUUUAUAUGAAUCUUGUUAUGUUUGAUGUAGUGUCAUCUCAUCUCUAAACAUAUACUGGCAGUUGUGCUAAUUCAACUCUUAACUAUUAUUUUCCCAUCUCCUCUUCUCUCCAUGCAGCCAAUAUAUCCUUGUACACUAUAGUGUGGGGGCCUUGCUGGGACCCAGCCUGGACCCUGAUUGGCCAGGUGGUUGAUCUGCUGACCAAACCCACGGUUGACCCCUCCCCUCCUCUGGCCUGGUGGGACAAGAGUCGUCUGCUGGUACAUGGACGCUGGAUCAUGGACAUAGAACAGGCCAACCUCCAUCAGCUGGCCACAGAGGUUAACACACAGUCUGAUCAAUACUUCUUAGCCGCUUACUGACUCAGGAAAAUGUGUUGACCUGAGAAUUAGGAUUAGCAGCAAUUGUGUUUGACAUCAUUUUGCUCUUUUGUAGGACCCCUAUAACACUACAGAGAACAUGCACUGGGAAUGGAACAAAGUCAACUACGAGUGGAACCCUGGGCAGUUUGUCUUCAAAGGUGACAUGGAUGUCAACGUCAGGACAGCCUCCAAGUAGGUGGCAGACUGAAAUCUGGCUUUCAAAUAUCAGAGAGAUUCUGGAAAUAGCUUCUCCUGUGAAACAUUUAGAUUUUCAUGUUUUGGGAAAUUGUUCAGAAUUAGUGAUAUUUUUCUUUGCUUAGUUUUUUCUUUUUCUUGUUCUUCUCAGGUAUGAUGACAUCUGUUUCCUGCACCUGCCAAAUUUGUGCAUGACCCUUGACCUCCAAUGGCUUUGUCAUGGCAACCCCCAUGACCAUCACGCUGUAAUGCUCUGCUGUGCGGAGAACGUAGCUGAUGUGACCUCAGGACAACCUCACGACUCCUUCAGAGCCUUCCGCUCAGAGAACCUCAACCUCUCCAUCACCAUGGACCUCAACCAACACUGUGGCACAGGUGAGGUGAUGGUCCAGUUACCUUUUGAUAGCUGUGUGGCUUGGCAUUUUUCCAGGUUCAAUUAGGAAUUGAAUGAGGUUGUGUCCCAAAUGGCACCCUCUUCCCUAUAUAGUGCACUAAUUAUGUCAAGCACCCAUAGGUUCCCUCAGUCAGGCUCUCAGUCAAGUAAGUAAUGUAGGUAAUAGGGUGUCAUUUGGGCGGUGGUGUAAAGUACUUAAGUAAAAAUACUUGAAAGUACUACUUAAGUUGUUUUAUAGAGUGUCUGUACUUUACUUUACUAUUUAUAUUAUUGGCAACUUUUGCUUUUACUUCAAUACAUUCCUAAAGAAAAUUAUGUACUUUUUACUCCAUACAUUUUCCCUGACACCCAAAAGUACUCGUUACAUUUUAAUGCUUAGCAGGACAAGAAAAUGGUCCAAUUCACACACUUAUCAAGAGAACAUCCCUGGUCAUCCCUACUGCCUCUGAUCUGGCGGACUCACUAAACACAUGCUUCGUUUGUAAAUGAUGUCUGAGUGUUGGCGUGUGCCCCUGGCUAUCCGUAAGUUAAAAAAAUAAGACAAUUAUGCCGUCUGCUUUGCUUAAUUAUAAGGAAUUUGAAAUGAUUUAUACUUUUACUUUUACUUUUGAUACUUAAGUAUAUUUAAAACCAAGUACUUUUAUACUUUUACUCAAGUAGUAUUUUACUGGGUGACUUUCACUUUUACUUGAGUCAUUUUCUAUUAAGGUAUCUUUACUUUUACUCAAGUAUGACAAUUGGGUACUUUUUCCACCAACGCAUUUGGGACAACAUGUACACUUGUCAAAUCAAGUCUAUAUAUUUAGCUUGGAUGCAAUAGUCAAGACGAAUAAUCAAACAAUCAUUAGCUCUGAUGUUGAAUGUUUGUUUAUUGAAUGCCUAUGUUUCUGUCUCUCAGAGCCGUGCCAACCCAGAAUCCUCCUGUACAGCAGUACCCUGCGCUGGAUGCAGAACUUUUGGGCCACCUGGACCAGCAUUUCCAGACCCAUUUGCAGAGGCAAACUCUUCCACAGCCUCAGACCCAUCCGUAAGAAGCUGGGCCAGCACUACAAACAGAUGUCCUAUACAGCAGCCUUCCCUCAACUACAAGUGAGUAAAUUACCAACACUAAAGCUGUGUCCCAAAUUGAACCCUAUUUCCUUUAUAGUGCACUACUUUUUACCAGUAGUAGUGCACUAUAUAGGGAAUAGGGUGCUAUUUGGGAUGCAUACACUCACUGCUUAUGUUCAGCCUACAUCCCAAGAACAAAGCAUAAAAGUUAUAUUGUCAAUUUAGGAUCAAAUGGAAAUUUGUAAGACUUCCAUCUUUCUGCUUAUUUGAUCUCUUAUUACUGAUUCCAUGUUUUCAGAGCGCACUGUCACUUGCAUUGUCUUGUUACCUCCUAUGAGUGCUGAUAUUUGAGAUUUGGCCUUUGACCUUGUGUCUCCUCCCCAGGUGCAUUACUGGGCCUCCUUCGCUCAGCAGAGGGGCAUCCAGGUGGAGUGCAGCAAAGGCCACGUCUUCACCAGAGGGGCUCAGAGACUCAUCCCACAGGGUAAAAAGAGGGGACACAACACAGGCAUAGUAAUGCCACCUGCUAUUUAUACAUUCACACAAUGGUCUUAGGCCCAAUGUUUCAUUGGUUGCAUCUUCCAUUUACAGUAGUGCACUACUUGGGAUCUGGUCUAAAGUAGUGCACUGUAUGUGGAAUUGGGUAUAAUUUGAGACUGAGUUGUUGAGCAGCCUGCGUGUUGGUCUAACCCGACUGUGUGUGUGUUGUCUGUCUGUCUGUUCUCUCAGCGGGCACAGUGAUGAGGAGGCUGAUCUCGGAGUGGAACGUGACCCAGAUGGUGUCGGAGCUGUCCCUGAUGACGGUGCACCUCAUGGCCUCCACCUGGGACGAGACGGCCGACCACCAGAUCAACGCCCAGGUGAAGAAGACCCACCUGCUCGGCCUGUCCUCCCUCAGUUACCAGCGCCAGAGCAACCGCAUGGAGGAGGUAAGACAACAGGGAGGGGAUGGUAGACACCCCAAAGUUGAUGGCACAGGCUGCGUCUCCAUUUGCACCCUAUGUGCAAGUGGGACACACACAGUAGCUUUAAAUGAAUUAUAUUUGUUCUGGCUCUGUAUCUCAACCCUUCAUUUGUAGUUCUCCAGUCAAAAGGUGUAUCUAGAUCUCUUGUAAAAACGUGAAGCGUAUAAAUUGUAUUUCUCAUUGUGGCAGGAGGUGAACCCAAAAGAUGAGGCGAAUGCCCCCUACACCCACAAGCUGUGCCUGGUUGAUCUGCGAGCCUCCUGGACCACCACUAACAGGAACAUAGCGUUCGGUUUGUACGACGGCUACAAGAAGGCAGCCGUUCUCAAGAGGAACCUCUCCACAGAGGCUCUGAAGGGCCUGAGGAUAGACACUACACUGCAAGCUGCCAAGAAGCUCAAGCGCUCUUUGUCCAACUACUCCGGCGGCCCCAGCAUAGCCCCUUCCACCCCAACCAUGCCCAGCACCAGCCGCCCUGAGAAGAGUCAACACGAAGGUAGGAUGUUUCCCCUGGAGUAACAAAGUGCAGCCUAACUCAUUGUGAAUGAAUGAUCUUUCAUGUGAUUUUCUUUUUAAAUAUACACUACCAGUCAAAAGUUUGGGCACACCUAUUCAUUCAAGGGUAUUUCUUUAUAUUUACUAUUUUUUACAUUGUAGAAUAAUAGUGAAGACGAUGAAAUAACACAUAUGUAGAAACCAAAAAAGUGUUCAACCAAAAUAUAGUUUAUAUUUGAGAUUCUUAAAAUAGCCAUCCUUUGCCUUGAUGACAGCUUUGCACACUCUUGGCAUUCUCUCAACCAGCUUCACUGGGAAUGCUUUUCCAACAGUCUUGAAGGAGUUCCCACAUAUGCUGAGCACUUGUUGGCUGCUUUUCCUUCACUCUGCCGUUCGACUCAUCCCAAACCAUCUCAAUUGAGUUGAGGUUGGGGGAUUGUGGAGGCCAGGUCAUCUGAUGCAGCACUCCAUCACUCUCCUUCUUGGUAAAAUAGCCCUUACACAGCCUGGAGGUGUGUUGGGUCAUUGUCCUGUUGAAAAACAAAUGAUAGUCCCACUAAGCCCAAACCAGAUGGGAUGGUGUAUCGCUGCAGAAUGCUGUGGUAGCCAUGCUGGUUAAGUGUGCCUUGAAUUCUAAAUAAAUCACAGGACCGUGUCACCAGCAAAGCACCCCCACACCAUAACACCUCCUCCAUGCUUAACGGUGGGAACUACACAUGCAGAGAUCAUCCGUUCACCCACACCGCGUCUCACAAAGACACAGAGGUUGGAACCAAAAAUCUCAAAUUUGAACUCCAGACCAAAGGACACAUUUCCACCGGUCUAAUGUCCAUUGCUUGUGUUUCUUGGCCCAAGCAGGUCUCUUCUUCUUAUUGGUGUCAUUUUAGUAGUGGUUUCUUUGCAGCAAUUCUACCAUGAAGGCCUGAUUCACACAGUCCCCUCUGAACAGUUGAUGUUGAGAUGUGUCUGUUACUUGAACUCUGUGAAGCAUUUAUUUGGGCUGGUAACUCUAAUAAACUUAUCCUGGGUCUUCCAUUCUUGUGGCGGUCCUCAUGAGAGCCAGUUUCAUCAUAGCGCUUGAUGGUUUUUGCGUCUGCACUUGAAGAAACUUUCAAAGUUCUUCACAUUUUCCAUAUUGACUGACCUUCAUGUCUUAAAGUAAUGAUGGACUGUCAUUUCUCUUUGCUUAUUUGAGCUGUUCUUGCCAUAAUAUGGACUUGGUCUUUUACCAAAUAGGGCUAUCUUCUGUAUACCCCCAUACCUUGUCACAACACAACUGAUUGUCUCAAACGCAUUAAGAAGGAAUUAAAUUCCACAAAUUAACUUUUAAGAAGGCACACCUGUUAAUUGAAAUGCAUUCCAGGUGACUACCUCAUGAAGCUGGUUGAGAGAAUGCAAAGAGUGUGCAAAGAUGUCAUCAAGGCAAAGGGUGGCUAUUUGAAGAAUCUCAAAUAACAUAUAUUUUUGAUUUAACACUUUUUUGGUUACUACAUGAUUCCAUAUGUGUUAUUUCAUAGUGUUGAUGUCUUCACUAUUAUUAUACAAUGUGGAAAAUUAGUAAAAAUAAAGAAAAUCCCUGGAAUGAGUAGGUGUGUCCAAACCUUUGACUGGUACUGUAUAUCUUUAAGGGAUUUUCAGAUUUUAUUGAACAGAUAGUGAGAGAGGAUGACAAUGGGUAAAGAAAGAGAGAUGUUGUGUCAAAGGCCACUAGGCCAGUUUCGAGCGUAUGUCAACACUGUAGAUAUGUAUGCCAGAGGCUGCAGCAUUACUGCUAGACCAGCCAGGCCACAUGAAUGGUCUUUCAAUGUUAUAAUUUGCUACCUCUGUUUCUUCAACUCUUCCUUCCUCCUCUCUCUGCAGGGACGUCCAUGCUGCAGAAGCUAAUUGAAGAGACUGAUAAGUUUGUGGUGUUCUCAGAGGAGGACUCUGGUGUGAGUGAUCAGCUGUGUGGCAUUGCUGCCUGCCAGACAGACGACGUCUACAACCGCAACUGGUUCAUCGAGCUGGUCAACUGUCAGGUACAACUGACCACAAGUCUGGAAGUUUAGGUUCAUGGCAACUCAGAUUAAGAUUGUAAAGAGCAGUGGGCCAAUCACACUUUUAAUGCCCCAGAAGGUAACACUUAUGUUUGCUAAUAGGACCUUAUUGGACAAAGACAAAUAUGGAAACAAUGUUCUGCGUCUCAAUCAUUUCGGAUCCUUAGCUAUACUGAAAACAGAACCUGUUCUAUUUUUAGCAACAUUCUAAUUUAAAAUGUUCUGCCAGUCUAGCAUUUUAUUUAGCAUGUGACACUCCAGUCUCCAGGGUUAUAAUCCUGCCCUGCUGUCUGUCUGUAGAUGAUGCUGCGUGGCACAGAGACGGCUGGCUGCGUGCUGGUGUCUGCUGCCAAGGCCCAGCUGCUGCAGUGUGAGCACCACCCGGCCUGGUACAGCGACACCCUCAAGCAGAAGACCACCUGGACCUGUCUGCUGGACGGCAUGCAGUACUUUGCCACCAUGGAGCCCAACCCCUCAGAGCAGGAGGACUGGCAGCUGUGGCUUGAGGUGGGCCAGUGAAACCAUUAUUAACAGGCUCUUAAAGAUGCACUAUGCAGAAAUCGCUCUGCCAUUUCCUGGUUGCAAAAUGUCUAAUAGUUUGCCUAAUUUCAGUUUGUGACAAAGCAAGCAUGCAAGUAUAGUGUAGAGAAUCAUUGUACCAUCUGAACCACUGUGAAAUAUAUUUUCCAUAACCAAAAAUAUUGUAUUUUCAGCUGUAAAAUAAAACGAAAGUAAGACGCAAAAACGAAACUUAAAGGGGAAGCAUAGGAAUAGUGCAUAUAGAACAUGUCUAACGCUUCUUAAACUUGCUUUCAAUGAGAGUGACAGAUCUAUAACUCUCACAAGUUACAUAUUGCAGCUUUAACAGGAACUACCAUAAAUUAUCUUCUGUAGCAUUAAAUGGUGAUGUGUUGCAUAUGGCUCAUGAUGGCUUACAUUCAGGCUCAAGUCCAAGUUGCAUGACAGAGUAUUUCUGUAGUAGGUGCGUAACAGAGAGCGUUUUUGUGCAGUUAAUCUUUCAGAUUCAGGUUGCUGUCACAGCUUUGACAGGGUGUCUUUUCUUUGGUUGUGCAUGGUGCGUCUGCAGGUGAAAAACAUUGAGGAGCGCAGGCAGCGUCACCUGGACUCAGUGCUGGAGCUGAUGGAGAGUGGCCAGGCUGUUGGAGGCAUGGUCAGCACUACCACAGGUACUGCUGCUCCUCACACAUACUUCUACUUCAUAGAAUGCACUGUAUUUAAACCCUGGCCCUACAAAGCUGAAAAUCUCAACUUGAUCUGAAUCUUUCCUUAAAGGGGAAUUCCUCAUAUUCAUUAUCUCCAGCACCAUACCAGUGUCUACAUAAACGUCCCUUUUUCAGGACCCUGUCUUUCAAAGAUAAUUUGUAAAAAUCCAAAUAACUUCACAGAUCUUCAUUGUAAAGGGUUUAAACACUGUUUCCCAUGCUUGUUCAAUGAACCAUAAACAAUUAAUGAACAUGCACCUGUGGAACGGUCGUUAAGACACUAACAGCUUACAGAUGGUAGGCAAUUAAGGUCACAGUUAUGAAAACUUAGGACACUAAAAAGGCCUUUCUACUGACUCUGAAAAACACCAAAAGAAAGAUGCCCAGGGUCCCUGCUCAUCUGUGUGAAUGUGCCAUAGGCAUGCUGCAAGGAGGCAUGAGGACUGCAGAUGUGGCCAGGGCAAUAAAUUGCAAUGUCCGUACUGUGAGACGCCUAAGACAGCGCUACUGGGAGACAGGACGGACAGCUGAUCGUCCUCGCAGUGGCAGACCACGUGUAACAACACCUGCACAGGAUCGGUACAUCCGAACAUAACACCUACGGGACAGGUACAGGAUGGCAACAACUGCCAGAGUUACACCAGGAAAGCACAAUCCCUCCAUCAGUGCUCAGACUGUCCGCAAUAGGCUGAGAGAGGCUGGACUGAGGGCUUGUAGGCCUGUUGUAUGGCAGGUCCUCACCAGACAUCACCGACACAAACCCACCGUCGCUGGACCAGACAGGACUGGCAAAAAGUGCUCUUCACUGAUGAGUCGCGGUUUUGUCUCACCAGGGGUGAUGGUCGGAUUUGCGUUUAUCGUCGAAGGAAUGAGCGUUACACUGAGGCCUGUACUCUGUAGCGGGAUCGAUUUGGAGGUGGAGGGUCUGUCAUGGUCUGGGGCGGUGUGUCACAGCAUCAUCGGACUGAGCUUGUUGUCAUUGCAGGCAAUCUCAACGCUGUGCGUUACAGGGAAGACAUCCUCCUCCCUCAUGUGGUACCCUUCCUGCAGGCUCAUCCUGACAUGACCCCACCAGCAUGACAAUGCCACCAGCCAUACUGCUCGUUCUGUGGGUGAUUUCCUGCAAGACCGGAAUGUCAGUGUUCUGCCAUGGCCAGCGAAGAGCCCGGAUCUCAAUCCCAUUGAGCACGUCUGGGACCUGUUGGAUCGGAGGGUGAGGGCUAGGGCCAUUCCCCCCCCCAGACAUGUCUGGGAACUUGCAGGUGCCUUGGUGGGAGAGUGGGGUAACAUCUCACAGCAAGAACUGGCAAAUCUGGUGCAGUCCAUGAGGAGGAGAUGCACUGCAGUACUUAAUGCAGCUGGUGGCCACACCAGAUACUGAAUGCUACUUUUGAUUUUGACCCCCCCUUUGUUCAGGGACACAUUAUUCCAUUUAUGUUAGUCACAUGUCUGUGGAACUUGUUCAGUUUAUGUCUCAGUUGUUGAAUCUUGUUAUGUUCGUACAAAUAUUUACACAUGUUAAGUUUGCUGAAAUUAAACGCAGUUGACAGUGAGAGGACGUUUCUUUUUUUGCUGAGUUAUGUGUAAACUCCACAUUUCUAUGUUCUGUAGUUAAAAAGGUCCUAAGAAAGUGCCACGUGAUGAUGAUGAUGAUGAUUUUAUGAUUAUGAUCAUACAAAUUAUGUGUCAAAGUAAAUGUAACACUUCCUCUUUGUUCUGUGUAUCCAGACUGGAACCAGCCGGCCCAGGUGAAUGACACCCAGCAGGUCCAGCGUAUCAUCUCUCGUUGCAGCUGUCGCAUGUACUAUAUCGGCUACAGCCACGACAUCGACCCUGAGCUGGCCACGCAGAUCAAACCCCCAGAGGUACGGCGCAACGAGAAGGAAGACCUGCUGAAAAAACAAGCUGGUAAGGCAACCCAUAGAGCUCAUAUAAUGCACUGUUUUAUACAAUAAUUUUUUUGUAUCAGUAUCUAUAAUUAACGUUUUCCUGAAUUGUUUUGUCCUGUUGUUUGGAUGCCAAAGUCCAUUCUAGUGUUCUAUUUUAUUCUGCGAGGCAACCGACAUCCUCAAAUACAGUGUCAGAACAUGCUGACAAUCUUGCUGUGUUGUUAUUGAGUGUAAAGGCUUGAGCCCUUCAACUUUGUCUUCCCCCCCCACUGCACUAUCAGGGGCUGUGGACACCUUCACCCUCAUUCACCAUGACCUGGAGAUCUCCACCAACCCUGUGCAGUAUGCUAUGAUCCUGGACAUCGUCAACAACCUACUGCUGCACGUUGAGCCCAAACGCAAGGUAACGAGAUGCCUCAAUAUCUGACUAGGCAGUGUUUUGUCCUAUAGCAUUUGCAACUGUAUACGGGGCAAAUCCUAACUUCCACUUAAGUCGAAUUUUCACUUAGUCAUGCAUUGAGGUCAGUGAAAAUGUUACUUGAGUGAAAGUUUGGAUUCACCCUUUACUGUAUGACAGCUGAAGUCUCUGCACUGUACAAGUCCCUUAUGCGUCCCAAAUGGCAUGAUAUUCUCUAUGUAGUGCAUUACUUUUGACCAGGGCUCUAAAUAGGAAAAAUAGGGAAUAGGGUGCCAUUUGGGAUGCAUCCCGUCCUACCCUCUGACCAUGUUGUGUGGGGGGUCUGUCCCCAGGAACACAGUGAGAAGAAGCAGCGAGUGCGUUUCCAGCUGGAGAUCUCCAGUAACCCAGAGGAGCAGCGCAGCAGCAUUCUACACCUGCAGGAGGCCGUCAGGCAGCAUGUGGCCCAGAUCAGACGCCUGGAGAAACAGAUCUACUCCAAUAUCAGGGUGAGCCAUUGGACAGACUGACACUGAUUUCAGCACUGUUACUUGUGAGGUGAAAACCAAAGGUGAAGGUAAUUCCUCUGGGAGGGACGAUACAGUUGUAUUCGAUCUAGUUUUACUUUAUUCAAUUAUAAUCUAGAGAGGGAAUAAAACACAUCCCUGUGUUAUGAACCCCACUAAGUGUGUAUUUGACCUGUGUGGUGUGUGACCUCCCCCAGGCCCAGCCUGAGGAGCUGAGAGGAGAUGAGCUGUCAGAGAUCAACGUGAGGCUGCAGAACCAGCUCAACCAGGAGAAGACUGACAUGCAGAUGAAGAGUGAGGAGCUCAACAUCCUCAUCAGGUCAGCCCAACACCGCCACACACACACCAUAAUUUCAAUGACUAGGAAAACUACUCGGCCAACCAUGGGAAGUUCUGAGAUACUUCCUAAGAAUACUGACUAGUUUUUCCCUGUAUGUCUCUCUCUGCUCCCAGAUGUUUUAAAGACUUCCAGCUGCAGAGGGCCAAUAAACUGGAGCUGCGUAAGCCCCCGGAGGACGUGAGUGUGGUUCGCAGGACAGAGAUCUGCUUUGCCCAGGCCCGCUGGUGUCUCACUGAGGAGGAUGGACAGCUGGGCAUCGCUGAACUGGAGCUGCAGAGGUUCAUGUACAGCAAGGUGGGUGGGCACAGGACAGGGAGGACACUGCUGCUCUGUCCUAACAAGGAGAUUACCCUAACUCUUUUGAUACUGUGCUUCGGCUAGAGAGCUGGGCCCAUAUUCACAAAAAGUAUCAGAUUAGGAGUGCUGAAAUAGGAUCCGUUUUGCCUUUUAGAUAGUAAUGAAUAAGAUUUUAUAGACUGGGUACCUGAUCCUAGAUUAGUACUCCUACUCUGAGACGCUUUAUGAAUGCGGGCCCUGAUGUUGACGCUAAACAUCUGUUAAACUGUCUCCCACAGCUGAACAAGUCAGACGACACAGCAGAGCAUCUCCUGGAACUGGGCUGGUUCACCAUGAACAACCUGCUCCCCAACGCUGCAUACAAGGUCAGGAAAUAGUGCUCAUCUCUGACUUUUUCUUUGGUAAGGGCAGUCUGCAGCUCAAUCCGUGUAUCCUUUGGAUACAUUUUUACAACAGGUGGAGCUAUGAACCUGUGAAGCUUACAGAUAUUGCCUCUAAAAGGGAUCUCUGAUAGGGCAAGCCUUUUUGUUUAGUUUCUUCAAUAUUUUGUCAGAAACAAGAAGUUUCCAUCUUCUGCUGUUACUGAUCCAAUGGUUCCAGGCCAUGUUGCACCAAACAUGUUGUGCUCACAAAGACCUCUAAAGCAGUGUUUGCUUGUGUUGAUAACGCUACUUGGUUUCCCCUGUGCAGCAUGUGAGGGUAUGUAUGGUGCUGGUACAGUAACUGGGAGUUCAUGUCACUGUUGACACCAUACUGUUCAUCAUCCAGUCAGCAUCACGGAAAUCUCACUCAGAAUAUUAUGGGUGUGUCCCAAAUGGCACCCUAUUCCCUAUAUAGUGCACUACUUUUGACCAGAGUCCCAUGGGCCCUGGUUAAUAGUAGUGCAUUAUUAACAGAAUACGGUGCCAUUUGGGACUGAGCCUUUGUUAUUCAGCAUUGCAUGUCCACCAUGGGACUGGGUCACUCCAAUGCCCACCUACACAGUCCUUCCUCUUUUUGCGUGCUCCUCAUUGCAUUUGCACCGUCAUCUGAAUGCUGUACGGUACCAUGCCUUACAUCGCUGUCUGAGUCAUGUUUGUUUUCCCGUUCAUAUGGGAUAUUUAGGAGGAAAAAUCCAUGUAGCUGUGAAUUGAUUCAUGUAUCCUCCUGCACACCAUUCAUGCUGUAUGGACACAUUUCAGAUGAAUUGUAUUGUCUUUACAGAAUAUACUGUAUUCUGAAUUAAAUUGGUUUCCUACAUUACAUGAAACAUCUUUUUGGGUUGCGUCAUGAGUCAGCGGUUAGGAGCAUGGCAUUAUUCCAGUGAUUAUUUUGUCUGCAUCCCGAAUGACACCAUAUUCCCUAUAUAGUGCACUACUUUUGGUGCCAUUUGGGAUGCAGCCUCUGUGUUGUGACUUAGCUUCAUGAAAGCUGUCUCCUAGGUGGUGUUGCGUCCUCAGAGCCCGUGUCAGUCCGGCCGGCAGUUUGGCCUGCGCAUCUUCAGUAAGGUCCGGCCCCCAGUGGGAGGAAUCUCAGUCAAGGAGCACUUUGAGGUGAGGAGGAAGCAUGUGAUCAUAACAUUGAAGAUGUAUUAACAUGUGAUCAUAACAUUUAAUUAUGAAAGCAUUGGGAGCAUGCAGUUAGACGUGUUUCUCUGUUGUAAUGUGUUUGUGUCACCAGGUGAACGUGGUUCCUCUCACCAUCCAGCUCAUGUACCAGUUCUUCAAAAGGAUGAUGGGAUUCUUCUUCCCAGGAAGGAAUGUGGAGGAGGAGGAAGUUGCUGAUGAGGAGGACAAGUCCCGAAUGGUCACCACUGGUAUGUAUUGGGACUACCUACUAGCAUCCUGUCCAGGCGGUGUACUUGUACAGUGAGGGAAAAAAGUAUUUGAUCCCCUGCUGAUUUUGUAAGUUUGCCCACUGACAAAGACAUGAUCAGUCUAUAAUUUUAAUGGUAGGUUUAUUUGAAGAGUGAGAGACAGAAUAACAACAAAAAAAUACAGAAAAACGCAUGUCAAAAAUGUUAUAAAUUGAUUUGCAUUUUAAUGAGGGAAAUAAGUAUUUGACCCCUCUGCAAAACAUGACUUAGUACUUGGUGGCAAAACCCUUGUUGGCAAUCACAGAGGUCAGGCAUUUCUUGUAGUUGGCCACCAGGUUUGCACACAUCUCAGGAGGGAUUUUGUCCCACUCCUCUUUGCAGAUCUUCUCCAAGUCAUUAAGGUUUCGAGGCUGACGUUUGGCAACUCGAACCUUCAGCUCCCUCCACAUAUUUUCUAUGGGAUUAAGGUCUGGAGACUGGCUAGGCCACUCCAGGACCUUAAUGUGCUUCUUCUUGAGCCACUCCUUUGUUGCCUUGGCUGUGUGUUUUGGGUCAUUGUCAUGCUGGAAUACCCAUUUUCAAUGCCCUGGCUGAGGGAAGGAGGUUCUCACCCAAGAUUUGACGGUACAUGGCCCCGUCCAUCGUCCCUUUUAUGCGGUGAAGUUGUCCUGUCCCCUUAGCAGAAAAACACCCCCAAAGCAUAAUGUUUCCACCUCCAUGUUUGACGGUGGGGAUGGUGUUCUUGGGGUCAUAGGCAGCAUUCCUCCUCUUCCAAACACGGCAAGUUGAGUUGAUGCCAAAUAGCUCGAUUUUGGUCUCAUCUGACCACAACACUUUCACCCAGUUCUCCUCUGAAUCAUUCAGAUGUUCACUGGCAAACUUCAGACGGGCCUGUAUAUGUGCUUUCUUGAGCAGGGGGACCUUGCGGGCGCUGCAGGAUUUCAGUCCUUCACUGCGUAGUGUGUUACCAAUUGUUUUCUUGGUGACUAUGGUCCCAGCUGCCUUGAGACCAUUGACAAGAUCCUCCCGUGUAGUUCUGGGCUGAUUCCUCACCGUUCUCAUGAUCAUUGCAACUCCACGAGGUGAGAUCUUGCAUGGAGCCCCAGGCCGAGGGAGAUUGACAGUUCUUUUGUGUUUCUUCCAUUUGCGAAUAUUCGCAUCACCUUCUCACCGAGCUGCUUGGCGAUGGUCUUGUAGCCCAUUCCAGCCUUGUGUAGGUCUACAAUCUUGUCCCUGACAUCCUUGGAGAGCUCUUUGGUCUUGGCCAUGGUGGAGAGUUUGGAAUCUGAUUGAUUGAUUGCUUCAGGUGUCUUUUAUACAGGUAACAAGCUGAGAUUAGGAGCACUCCCUUUAAGAGUGUGCUCCUAAUCUCAGCUCGUUACCUGUAUAAAAGACACCUGGGAGCCAGAAAUCUUUCUGAUUGAGAGGGGGUCAAAUACUUAUUUCCCUCAUUAAAAUGCAAAUCAAUUUAUAACAUUGUUGACAUGUUUUUCUGGAUUUUUUUGUUGUUAUUCUGUCUCUCACUGUUCAAAUAAACCUACCAUUAAAAUUAUAGACUGAUCAUUUAUUUGUCAGUGGGCAAACGUACAAAAUCAACAGGGGAUCAAAUACCUUUUUCCCUCACUGUACAUCAAGCUACAGAAACAGAAGCUGGGUGCCUGCCCUAUGGGCCAUUCUGACUCGGACAAGGCUUACUUACUUACCAGUUAUUGAUGUGCAACAGUUAUGCUUUACUAAAUACUUUCACUUGCCCUCAAGUCUCCAUCCAUCAUAUACAUGUUGACCAGCCUGAAAUCCACACUUCGCUCCACCCAACCAAUCAAUAUUAGUUUCCAUUGUCUGCCAACUCUUGUGUAGUAUUGGAUUGCUAGUUGCUGUGUCACCCCUGGUGUCUAUUAAAAGCCUGGGUCUAGUGUGACCUUGAGGGCUGUGUGAGAGGGUGUGUCCCACAUGACACCCUAUUCCCUACAUAGUGCACUAUGGGCCCUGGUCAAAAGUAGUGCACUAUAAAGGGGAUAGGGUGCCAUUUUGGAGAGUUAGAGGAGUAUAGGGUGUGGACUCUGUAGAGUCAUUCAGAGGCCAUGCUGCUGAUGCUGCUGCUGUCUUUCUUGCACUCACAUCCACACUUGUUUUUCUUCCUGGCACUGGUUCUGCUGAUUGCGGCUAUUUCAAUGGGUGUAAUAACUUGCAAUUACUGUGAUAUGUGGUUGUUUUUCCUACUAAACUUAGUUGAGUGCACUGACUGUAAGUCAAUCUUGAUAAAAGCAUAUUCUAAAUCAGGGGUGUCAAACUCAAUCAGGGCCAUAUUGAAAAAACAACUAAUUCACAGGCCAGACAUUGCCUAUUAUGUUUGUUUUUAUACAAGUGCGACCCAAACUGGCAAUUGUUUUAUUUGAAUAAAUAUGGCCCUGAUGGCCCUUUUUAUAAUGUCCACUUAUGUAUACAUAGGAUGCCAUAUGUGCCUAUCGUCAACCAAUCUUUCUCAAAUCCUUUCGGGCUAAAUUCCAGCUAAACUUGGAGAGGACAGUUAGGCCUCCUAAGUACUUACAGAAAGCAUGCUUCUAAUGAAUAGUUACAAAUAGCCAUAUUAGACUGAAAGAUAUAUGGUAAUAUCACCAAAUUUGUGAGGCUCCAUGCUCAUUAGUUGCUCAUUCAACAUAUUUGCUGCUACUUCACUCAACCCCAUUUUAAAAGUCUCCCAUGCUAAGUGUUUUACAUUUCCUGAGACCAACCAGAAAUGUUUCCUUGGCCAAAUAUUCCCAGAUAUUCACCAAAUGUUACGCAAGGCAAAAGAGUUGGCUACUCUUCAAUUGCUCGUUCGGUGCAGCAGACUGCAAGGCUGUAGUGCUGCCAGAGCACACCGGUGUGUCGCUCUGCCACUCCUCUCACAUUGGUGCUCGUUUAGUAAAGUUAGAUCAAAGUUGAAUCAAUGUCUUGGAAGAUCACAUAAUGAUUCAUUAGUAUUCUACAUAACAGAAUCAAAUAUAGUAGCAUAGUAUGUUACUAUUACACCAAAAACACCACCUAAUUGACAUUUUAGGAUGGUUAGCUGAAUGGUACAAAGAAAAUAUGUGGCCAAAACUCAACAGCACGCCAAUAGGCAGAUCUAAAUGCUUAUGCAAAUGCUGCCACAUGUUUUUAUUCAUGUAGGCUACACUGUCCCGCAAAAUCAUCCUGUUGUCUCGCAUUUGGGUAUUUUAAAUGUGGUCACCCUAGUCAUGUGUCCGUACACUUUCCCUCCGCUGUAAACGGGACACACGAAAGCAGCGCAAUUGACAUUGAAUUCACCUUUGAAUUCACGGUUGCAAGCGCAUCAGGCUGUAAUUUCAUAAAGUAGAUCACUCAACCGUUGAGUCAUUUUAUACUCGCUUGUGUGUCCUAUUGUCUAUUUUAAUAGUAAUUUAUACCCGCUUGUGAAUCCUUUAUCUUGUAACUUUUUGACAACCAAGAUGACAGUUUCUUGGCAUGGACAUUUAGCCUACAACACAUUUAAACAUUAGGUCUGGUAGAAGAUUCAGUCAGUACCAUUAGUGCCGAUAUGAUACAGUGCAUUGGCUGGUUCGUGCCUCGUGAGUGGGUCUGGGAAGAGGGGUGUUUGUGUGGCAAUGCACUGCAGUUGGACGUGUAGCACGUUGGCAGUGCUUGCUGUGACGUGUAGUACAGCGCAUUGCGGGCUGUAUGGAAGCGGGCCAAAAUGAUUUGACAACCCAAAUCAUUGCGUGGGCUGGAUAGAAAUGUGUCAUGGGCCGGAUUCGGCCCGCGGGCCUUGUUUGACACGUGUGUUCUAAAUGAUUUUAUUGUAAUUUGUAUCUCAGGCAUGCCUGUCACCAAGCCUAGGCAGCUCUCAGAGGACACCAUGGGGGUCAUGGGCCCCAGCAAAGGGGUCACCCAGGGCUUGAACCGCACCUCUGGGGUCAGGAGGUCCUUCCGAAAGGCUGUUGAGGUAUUUGUUGUGUUUUUUUAAUGAGAAAUGGGAAAAGAUUCAUCUUUAUGUGUUGAUGUAUCCCCAAAUGUUCAUACUGCCAUACUACUUUGCCACCCAGCUACAUCUGCUGGUGGAAUUGGCUCGUUGUUUUCACAAGCACUUCCCAACUUUCUCGUUAAAGUUAGGCUGCUUCAGAUAUGGCAUCCUGUACCCUAUAUAGUGCACUACUUUUGAGCAGAGCUCUAUGGGCCCUGGUCAAAAGUAUUGCACUAUGAUGAGGAUUAGGGUGCCAUUACAGACGCAGCCUUAGAUCUUUCAUACCGUAUUGAAACUGAAGUAUGUCUUAUUUCUCUAUCUAGCAUCCUGUAGAUGACAUUGACAAGAUGAAGGAGAGAGCAGCCAUGAAUAACUCGUUCAUCUACAUCAAGAUCCCCCAGGUUCCCCUCUGUGUCAGCUACAAGGCAGGUAUCACCAUGUGUUAAGGGUAGCAAAAUUCUGGUAAUUUUCCAGAAAUGCCAGUUGGAUGAUUCCCGUAUUUCCUGCACAUUCCCUCCUGAUUCCAGGAAUCGUCCAACCAGGAUUUCUGGAAAAUCUGGGAAUUUGCCAGGAUUUUGGAACUAGCUAAAGUACAACGGUACUCAAUGCUUGGAUUCAAGCCAGUUGUUGAUUCUAUAUACAUGUCGUUGUGUCAGUGAGUUCAUAAAUAAACAUUCCCCCGAAGGGAGAUGUUUAAUCUCACUCAGCCAUUAUUAGAUACAGAGAGAUGUCAUCAGGUCACACAUGUUUUGUUCUCAGACUGAAAAAAUACCUCAACAUCUGGUGUGUUGUCAUGUGUUUUAGCUGUUUGUAUAUGUAAACCAUCUCACACUGUUGGCUUGUUUGUGACAUGGAUGCCAUUUUUAAUCCCUCUCAGAUUUUCAAUUGCAUGUCUUCAGGGAUUUGCAAAAUAAUCGUUAUUUUCCAAUGACGGCAUUAUCUUGACUUCCAGAUUACAUAAUGCUUGGUAUUAUCAACCAUGGGGUUUCAAUCCUUUUUCAUAGCUGAUUUAAGUAAAUGUUUAAUAAAUGUACAUUUUUAAUAUUGAAAAUGUAAUAUUCGUAUAUAAAUAUGUAAUAUCAUUAAACAGGAGAUCAAUGAACACACACACAGACAUGUCAUGAAGGCAUGAUUAUUGAAUCCUAUUUUCUCAUCAGGAUUGUAACAGAAUCAAAAACAGGAUUGUAUGAACAACUGUUGUACUUUUUAACUCCCAGACAAUGUAGUUUCAUUAUGUAUUGUGUGCUUGUGUGUCCACAUAGGGAGAGAAAAACAGUGUUGACUGGAAGGAUCUGAACCUGGUUCUGCCUUGUCUGGAGUACCACAACAACACGUGGACCUGGCUGGACUUUGCCAUGGCUGUGAAGAGGGACAGCAGGAAAGCCCUGGUAGCACAGGUACUGCACUGCACCCUGUCCCGCUUAUUACUAACCCAACCACUGCGUGGUAAAGUUCCCCCUAGAUACAGAUCUAGGAUCAGCCUCCCCUCCCCCUUGACCAUUAGUGGGGAAAAUGCAAAACCCAGGGUCAGCAUGUAGGGGCAACUUCAUCCUGUUCCGUACUGCACAGAACCCUGGCCCCUUCCAUUACCAACACAUCCAUGUCCUACAGUAGCAGUUAGAUGGCAAAAAAAAAUGAAUGUAAAAAUGGUGAUGGUCCAAGCUGCCAAAAUGCCAAUCCCUGCCUAAAGCUAUUUUUAUAUGUCACAAUAUAGAACUAUUUAUAGUUGACUUCAGUCAUAUGUCCUAUAUAUUUCUCAUGUUUUCCUUUUCCCAUCCAUAGACGAUAAAGGUCUCCCGGGUGGCGCAGUGGUCUAAGGCACUGCAUCUCAGUGCUAGCUGUGCCACUAGAGAUCCUGGUUCGAAUCCAGACUCUGUCGUAGCCGGCCGCGACCGGGAGACCCAUGGGGCGGCGCACAAUUAGCCAGCGUCGUACAGGGUAGGGGAGGGAAUGGCCGGCAGGGAUGUAGCUCAGUUGGUAGAGCAUGGCGUUUGCAACGCCAGGGUUGUGGGUUCGAUUCCCACGGGGGGCCAGUAUGAAAAUGUAUGCACUCACUUAACUGUAAGUCGCUCUGGAUAAGAGCGUCUGCUAAAUGACUUAAAUGUAAAGGAGUUCUUGAACCACAUGUUAUUUUAUAUGUGGUUGACAUGUGUUUCCUCCCCCUCCCUCUCUGUGUAGAUGAUAAAGGAGAAGCUGCGUCUGAAGCCGGCGUCGGGCUCUGACUCUCGGGGCAAGGCGUUUGAGGGGAAGUCCGACACGAGCAUGCAGCAGCAGGAGGGGGAUGAGAAGGCCCGACUCCUCAUCGGUCUCAGCAGCUCAGACAAGAGCUCCAGCAAGAAGGGCAUCUUCAGCCGACGCAAGUGACCGACAGGCCUACAUUCACUUCCACUGAACCAGUACUGUACUGGACCACUGCGCUCUAGUCUAUGGCAGUGUCUGAAAUGGCACCC